CAUAGCCAGUAGCUAGUAUUUAUUGCUGUUGUUGUUCGUGCAACUUGAAUCUGCGUUGAUUGGAGAAAGAUAUUUGUUUAUGUGACGUGCGAAACAUUAACUGUGAAACAAUGGAAUUGUUAGAUUAUGAAAAUAUAAAAAAGACAUGCAGGUUAUGCUUGAAACCUGAUGGAAUUAAGUUGCCGAUUUUUGGAGAAGUGGGCAUGCAGCGAAAUGUGGUUCACAAAAUUAACAUAUGCUUUGCAAUUGUGAUUUAUGAGACAGAUCCUCUGUCCAAACUUAUUUGUCACAGAUGCCUAUACAAGCUCGAACAGAGCUAUGAAUUCCGUUGUGAUGUGUUCAGUGCAUUUCAACAGUUGAAGAAGGCUAUGAACCAGAAGAGGAGUGACCCAGUAAUAGAUAAAUAUCUGUCUAUAGUUGAAGACGAAGUAAUUGUAAUUGGUGGGAAAGAAACAUGUCAUCCUGACAAGAAACACGGAUCUGAAUCGAUGGACAAUCCUGUGCAGUCGUAUGGUGGGUGCAUUACAUUAUCAGGACAUUGGCCAGGAGACCAAAAUGAGCAGAUGGAGAUUGUCAAGCAUUCACCAUUUGAUGAAACCCAUGCUGUGGAUGUUCAUGAUGUUGCACCAGACGUACAGGCAAGAAAUAGCAGUAGUGAAGGAGAUAAUACAUUCAGACAUGGUGAAAAUGAAAUAACUUGCAUAAGUAGUGAACUAAACAAUCAGGCAUUUAGUGACAACAGAAUAGAAGCUGACAAACAGGAAGUAGUGCAGAAUGGGCUUGUUGGGCCACAAAAUACGUUGAAGACACUCGCCCAACCACAGCCAGAUGGCAAGUCUGGGAAGAGACAAAAACAUGAUGGAUUGAUGAAAACAAGAGCAGCACCUUUAGCAGGAAAUUUAGACUUACAGUGGUGUAACUUUUGCCAGAAGUAUCUUAAAACUAAGAAAAUAUUUAGGAAGCACAAUGCCAUAGUCCACAAUAUGGUAAGGUCACCAACAUAUAAAUGCAAAUGCAAAAGGAAAUUUCAUUCACUGUUGGAAAUGCUUACACAUCAACAGACUCAUUUAAAAGUAAAAGUUAAUAUCACAGAAGAUAUGUUGCUGAAAUGUAAUUUAUGUGACAAGAAAUUCGCCGAUAAUUCAAUUUUAAAAUUACAUAUAACCACACACAGUGAAAAAGUUAACAAGAAAUCUUCAUUCAAAUCCUACACUGAUAAAUUAGAUAUUAUAAAACAGUUCAAAAUAGGACAAAAAGAGAAGAGUAUUACUAAUCUGACUACUUCACCACCUGAGCUAUUUGUUUGUGAUCAUUGCCGGCAAAUCUUUGAAACUGCUUCAUCCCUUUCACUGCAUUUAAAUUCCAAGCGUUGUUUCAUUUUGUGUAAUUGUGUUUCUGGUGAGAACAGUUCCAAAAAUAACAGAGUUCAUCAAAUAAAAGAAAUUAUGCAGUCAACUGUAGAAAAUGUUUCAGUGGACAAUACAGAGAUGUCUUCUAAAGUCUCGUACAAUAUGGAUAGUCCAUUAGACAACACAGCAUCUGCAACAUCCCUGGAAACUUCAACUGUUCAUAGUAGUACUCAGCCCUCAGAUAACACAGUAACUGAAAUAAAUGAGAAAGCUUCAACAGAUCAUAAUAACUCAUUAUGUGCAUCCCAGGUCAACCAAUGUACACUUUGUGCUAAGGUAUAUAGCUCUAAAAAAUUGCUGAAAAGACACCAGAAAAUUCACACUGCAGCAGAAGCAACAGAUUUGUCCUGCACAUUUUGCAAUAGAAAAUUCGUGAAUCGUGCAGGUUUAAUAUCUCAUCUUCAUACACAUUCAGGUGAUGAAUCUUAUCACUGUAAAUAUUGCACCAAAAUAUACUCAAACAAGCAAGUAUUUCUCAGCCACAAGUGCCUCAAUAACAAAGUAUACCCAUUUUGUGAUGUACAGUUGUCUCAGUAUGCAAUAGAAUACGCACCCCAGCCACAUCGAAACAAUGAUGGAUAUGUAAAUUUACUACAUGAAAAUGAUCUUCUAAAAGCAAAACAAAUAAACGUACCUAGCAGCAGUCUGGGACAGUCAGAGGAGACAGAGACAGACUACGCUCAUUGUGCACAAUUUACAAACAAAAAUAAGAAUUAUAAUCGAAGUAACAAUCGUAAACACUUAAAGAAAAGUACUAGUGAACACAGUCGUGCAUCCAACAUUAGCAGAAACGAGAAUUGCAUGAAAUGUCCUUUUUGUCACCAUUUAGUAAACCCAGAAUCUAUGUAUCAACACAUUUAUGAAAAUCAUCCUGAUUCAAGUAACAACGUAUAAUAAAACAAUUUUACAUUUCUUAAACAAAAAAUGCAGAUUUUGUAAGAGGGAUUAAAACUGUGGCAAAACAGAUGAAUCACUCAUGAACACAAGAUCAACUGAUCAGUGUUCUCAAUGUUUACCACCUUAAGAAUGUAUACAUCAUAUUGAACUUCCAAAUUUUGAUAAAAUUUAAGUUAAUAUGUACAUCAACUUCAUGCAAAUGAUUUCAUCUAUUAAUUAAUGCAACAUUUUUUGAGAAUGAAUUAAAGUCAUAGAAAAUGCAGUCUACAUUAAAAUUAGUGGUACAGCAACAAUAUUUUAGAAAUUAUAGUAUAAUUUUAUUUAAGCAUUUAUCAUCCAAAUAACAACUGCUACAUAGACAUAUUAUGUAUGUUACAUGAUUUGAAACAUACGUAAUUUUAGGGUGUUAUUAAUAUGCAAAUAAUGCAAUGGAACAUAUAGCAAUGUAUACAGAACAGAAGAGGAUAGUAAGGUUGUAUAAUUUGUCUUGCAUUUUAUAUUAAAAUGCUUUUACUGUACAGUGUAAGAACUUCUUAUUUAUUUUCUGUAUUGUGAGAGACUGUAAAUGCAAAAGGUUGUAAUUUUUAAGUCGAAUUUUUUAAAAUGGAAAAAUGCUUUGGUAUGCUGAAAUUCUGAAUCUUUGGUUAUUUUACUACUUAAUGUUAUAAUUUUUAAUUCUUUAAGUGCUGCAAACAUAUUUAAACCCACAGGCCUGCCUUUCUGACAGUGCUGUAAACGUAAUAACUUAUCCCCCCUAGUUGACCACUGGGCAAGAAGAAUAUGUGUACAAGAGUUAUGCUUGUUUGCCAGCGUUGUUUGGACAUGUUAACAUGCAGAGACAUAUUUUCAUGCCUGAAUAACUCAACAGCUGAUUGAAGUUCAGGUUGUUUAGUUGGACUGAUUAUGUGCUAACUAUUUUUCAGUAUUGACGUUGUACUGUUCUCAUUUUUGCUUGGUGGUUUGACACAGGGAGAGUGUGAUUCAGGUUUUCUAAAGAAAAAAGAAAUAAUGUAUUAUCAUAAUUUCAAAGUCGAAGAAAACAUAAAAAUAGUAGGACUGCCAGUGAAAUUUUUUAUACCAACAAUCAUGAUGACUUCUACAGAACCUCAGAAUAACCAUCUCCACCUAUGUAAUUUGGCAUAUAGCUAUAACACCUCAGUCUGUAUUUCAUAUAAAAGGUGCAGUUGAUUGUUAUCCGGCAUCUGAAGGGAUUUGAUUGAGAAACAGAAGUGAUUCUACAUGUGUAUUUGAAUAUUUAGAUUCAUCUACUUAGUACUGAAAAGAUUACAUCACCCAUCAUAAUAUAACAGAAGACUUGCUGAUAUUUAUAGUAAAUGAAAUCAAAUCAAUCUAUUUUAUUCACACAACAAUACUCAAGAAUGUGUUCCUUCUUGGUUGAUGUAGAGAGAUUUUGCAGUUCAUGAACGUUGUUACUUCAUUUCUAUUUGUCAUCUCAUGGCCUGGUUAAAAAAAAAGACUGAAAAGGCUCCAGAGAUGGUACUGUACCGACACUGGUACCAGUAGCCUUUGAGGUGCUUUGGUUCUUCCAGCAGAGAAGCCAGACUGAUGUUUGUGGAGGUUCCCUGUCAUAAGUGGGAUGGAAGGAGCAGAUGCCCAUCAUCUGUGUCACGCUGUUGGAGGGCCUGAUGCAGGUGGCUGUCACUGUUGUGGUGGGCAUCUGGAUACUGGAGAUGCAGUAUCUUGCCUGCAGUCCCAGCUGUCUUCCCUGUUGUGCUGCAUUGGAUCCCUGAAUCCAACCUCAGGUCCACAUAAGAGUGCGAACUCACACCGGGAUGCUCGUGUGAAAUGGCAUCACUUGCUCUUCAGCACACUCAGGUGGUGGAAAGAGAAGAUCAAGCAGUGCCUCAUGAAGACACCCGUAUAGUAAUUCUGCUGUGUUAUGACCAUGGGUCAUAUUAAAAUGCUUUUACUGUACAGUGUAAGAACUUCUUAUUUAUUUUCUGUAUUGUGAGAGACUGUAAAUGCAAAAGGUUGUAAUUUUUAAGUCUCAUUUUUUAAAAUGGAAAAAUGCUUUGGUAUGCUGAAA